AGCAACACGUGGCACGCGAGCGAGUAGCGCACAGAUGAUGCUCCGACCGUCACGGCGGAUGACAUUCUCAGGAGAAGUUUGAGAAGACUGGGCGGCGUGGGAAUUUGGGCACUGCCUUAAAACAAUAUCGGGCAGGUCUUCGACGAGAAGAGUGAAUUACUUCAGAAGAAGAAUAGCGUCUCCUUCACGCUCACGCAGAACGCGUGCGUGCUUUUGACGUCAUUCUCAAACAGGUGUCAAUCACGGCGCUGCGGUUACUACGCCUCAUUGCACCUGCACGCCGAUUCUUUCAUCCAGCAAUCUCACAAGCAUUGGGAAACAGUUUCCAGUCACACGAUGCCGUUUAAAGUAAAUCUGAUUGGCCCGUCUCCAUGGGGAUUCAGAAUAUCUGGAGGGCGAGACUUCAAGAAGUCCAUAACUGUUUCCAAGGUGAACACUGGCAGUAAAGCAGACUCGGCUUGUCUUCAGCCUGGUGAUAUCAUCAUGGAGAUCAAUGGGCAGGACACCAGCGAUAUGCUGAACGUAGAAGCACAAAACAAAAUCAGGAGCUGCACGACACAGCUGAACCUGCUAGUGGAAAGGCCAGCUUUACCCUCUCCCAGUCAAACUAAUGGAAUAACCUCUCCAGAGCAACUGGUGGGCCGCUUCCAGGAGGCUGUACAAGUGAGUCGAGAUGAGAAUCAGAACUACAGGGAAUACACCAUCUCCAGCCCAGCAUCUCUUUCCCCCGGCCCAUAUUCACCAUCCCAGUCACCAUCCACCCCGGAUCGCAAGUGGGGCAGGAUCACACCCAACAACAGGAGCCUGCACUUUAAUUCCUGGUCCUCGGAGGACAGAAGCCUGGAGCGCCGCAGACUGUCCAGACCCCUCUCUCAGGAGAUCUCUCCUGUGGAUUACCGAAAUAACUCCGUGUCAAGUCGGACUCCAACUCCCCCCGGGCGAUACUCGCCACUCAGCCCCAUCGAACGAGAGAUACCCAUUUCACCACGCCGCAGUAGCUCAGACUUUGCCAUGCAGAAGUUUGACAGAGACUCUGAGGUAUACAAGAUGAUUCAGGAGAACAAGGAGUCCCGUGCAGCUCCUCGCCAGUCCAACACCUUCAAGAUGCUGCAAGAGGUGCUUGAGACUGAUGAGAAAGAGGCCGCCAUUCGGUUUCCAAGCGGGCUGUCACCGUGUCCCCCGAGCACCACUGUUUCUGGAGUUCAAAAACACCACACCUGUGAAAAAUGUGGCAACAGUAUUGUCACCCAGGCCGUGAGGAUCACGGACGGUCGCUACCGUCACCCAGAGUGCUACACCUGUACAGAGUGCGGCCUCAACCUCAAGAUGCGCGGUCACUUUUGGGUGAGAGACGAAAUGUUUUGCGAGAAACACGCCAAAGAAAGAUACCAGGGCCCUGGCAACAGUCCCUACUCCGUCGUCUCCCCCCGCCACUGAGACCCUCUGACACACCUCCAACUCAUCUGGUUGGCUGGGAAUGAGAGAGAAAGCGAGGACUUUGAUGUCAGUUACAUUUAGUGGGAGCCAAAUCAAGCAUUUGGCAUAAUGUCACUUUGGGACGCAAUGCAGCCAUGUCCUCUCUGAUACUCCUCAGCCUAAAGACAAUACGUUUUCGAUCUUAAGUAUUCGAGGAUAAAGGAGCCUGCGUUCAGCAUAUCACAGUUAAUUUUCAUACAUUGCCUGCUUCUUUCACAUGUUGUAUUAUCCUUUGAAAACAGCUAUCAGUAUGUUUUACAUAGACAUUUAUUUUGGGUUUAUAUAGUUUUGAUUUUCUGGACGAAAUCUGUAGACCUUUUCCAUAUAAAAGGUGCACUGUGAAAAUCUGUACCGCUAGUGCACACAUGACCGUUUUUUUGUGUGUGUGUGUGGCUUUUCGCAGUGGCUGUAAGCAUAUUUAUGCACUUAUGCUUGAAGGGUUACUUGGAAGAUAUUCUUAGUCUGAUGUUCGAUACCUUUCGUCAUAAAAAAAUCUAUUCAUAACAACGCCCUCAUUGAAAAGCACAGAUAUUUACAACGCAGUUUUUUCCAUUAACUUUGUAUUAAAUAAGUGAAAUUUAAAGAAUAUGGUAUUUGUGUAAAUAUGUUUAUUUUCACCUUAAACUAUAUGAGCAAGAGGGAUUUGUGUGCACGGUUGUGUGUUCAGGGUUGCAUGUUUCUCUUGUCUGUAUUGUAUAAUACAAUAAUAUACUGUAAGUGGAGUGUGAGAGUAAAAUAUGAGCAGAAAAUCCUCAUGUAUUCGUUGCAGGAUUGGCCUCUCUUUAUCUUUUUCUCUUGCAAAUAAACAACUUUAUGAUUAUCAGUGAA